AUGAGCUCGGUUCUGCCCCUGCUGGUGAGUCUGAGUCCUGCGGUUCUGCUUCUCUUCCUGCUUCCUCACAUCAGCUUCACUCAGCAUGAAGACCACUGGAGCUCCCAGUGCCACCACAAACUGCUCCUGGAAAUGCCUCCUGUUCACCCUGCAGUGGCCCGGGGGCUUCUGCCAGUCUCUGAACAAGGAGUCUGAGUGCAGGAUUCCUCAGAGCAUCAACAGCUGGAGCAUCCACGGUCUGUGGCCCAUUAAGGCCAUGAGAUGCUGUGACUGCUGGCGGAUGUUCCAGUCUGACGUCCAGGAGCUGAAAGACGAGCUGGAUGAACACUGGCCGUCGUUAGUGAAGAAAAGAUCCAGUUUCAUGUUCUGGAAGGAGGAGUGGGAGAAACACGGCGCGUGUGCAGCGUGUGUCGAAGGAAUGAACUCACCGCUCAGAUAUUUCCAGAUCUGCCUCAAACUACGAGCUCAGUUUGACUUCCAUAAAGUUCUGGAGGAAGCUGGUAUCACUCCAUCCUGUGAGCGACCCUACAAGGUUGCGGAGGUGCGCAGCGUCUUGGCUCCUCUUCUGGGCGACAGACAUGAGAUCCAGUGUGUCACAAACGAUGAGGGUCGUGAGGUCUGGUUUCAGGUGAAGAUCCCUCUGGCUCGCAACCUGACAGUUGGCUGUGAUCACCAUGGCGACGCCGACCGGGAUCCAGCAGCCGGGUCGGACCGGAAAUGGGCCGCUCCUCCUCCUCCUCAUGUUGGACACCCCUGUCCUCCUCAGACUCCUUUCUUCUUCUUCCCCAUCGACCACGAGCAGCCGCGGAAACCCUGCAGCUAGC